AUGUCUCCCCGAAGCCGGCGAAGAACCUUUCUUUUGCUGCUGCUUUUGCCUUUCCGGCAAGCGUGUGGCGGAGACGAGACUGACUCAGACAUCAUAUUUCUGCCGACCUCCCAGCGGUUACGGCCCGGGGCGCGCCCCAACGUGGCAAGCUACUGUUGGUUGCGACAGGACCUGGACUUUUUCUACAAGUUCUCCUAUCGCCAGUGCUGCUGCGCGGAUUGGAGCCAGGCAUUUCGGUGCUGGUCGGUGGACCCCACAGUCGCUCCCCAGAAGACUCUGUACCACACUUGCUGCGUCUACAGCUAUGGGCCGGGGUCCGCCUGUGCACCGCCCAGCUCGGGCAAGCGGCUCCGCUUGCAGCUGCCUGGCCUUCCGCUCCUGUCUGCCUGGCUCACGCCUUCGACUUAUGUCUACGAGCCCUACUUCGGGGCCUUGCUGACGCAAGGGCACUUGCUGGAACCCUUAUUGGGAAGCCUGGGACCAGUCUUGCGCGCGGUGGACAUCGGCGCGGGCAAAGGAAUGGACUCCCUCGUCCUCUCCAAGAUGGGGCAUCUCGUGGUUGCCAUGGAGCAAGAUCCCCAAGAGCUGCAGCUGAUGGACGCGAACAAGGUUCUCAACAACGCCUCCUUCGAGGUGGUUGGGUCAGACUUCUGGGAUGUCGAUGCCAGCGCCGGAGCGCUGCUAGCGGCCAGUGGUGGGGAGCCUUUCGACCUGAUUGUGGCGAACUUCCUGACCUACCUUCCCCUGGAGGUCUUUGCGAAGCUGCUGGAGCUGGUUGAGAGGAUAGGCGCCCGAGACUUUGUGUGGCCAUUGCCCUGCGGCAAAGAGGAGUGGGACACAGACGACGAGCAGCGCGCAAAUCGAGAGCAAGCCUUGCGCCGCUUCGAACUUGUCGACGUCGUGACGUUUGGAAAUGUUGGCAGCUCGGACCUUUGGAAUCUGGUUGUAACACAAAGCUCGCGGGACUAG